AUGAAGGGUUUCAGACAGAGAGUGCACGAGCAGUUGUCGAGAGCGAAAGAUAAUAAGUCGUCGAAGAAGAAAGAGUCGGCAUCGCAGGCUGCACAACAGAACUCCGCCAACCUGGGCAUCCACCAUGGCCAACAAUCCGCGUCCCCCAACCAGGUCACCCCGACGUCGUCUACCACGUCCGUGAAUGAUAUCAGAGGCAAGGCCCCCGAAGAUGCUUCGCAAUCGGGAGGUUUUCCUCCCGCGACUCCCACCAAGCAAGGGCAACCGAUGGCUCCAAGUGUGGUGAUAAGUCCCAGCGGACCGCAUGCCCCUCCGCCCGGCGCUGCCGAGACUAUGCCAGGAGACCUGGCUCCUCCCCGGAAGUCCCAUGUUUUCGAUCGCCUUCAAACAACUCCGAAGGAUAUGUCUGAGGGUAUCCGGACUCCCAAGCGCCAACACUCUUCUCGUUUCGACAUCUCAGAUCAGCGCCAGCGAGAGCUUGAGAAGCUUCCCGGCUUCCACGAAGUGCCCCCGAACCGUCGUCAAGAGCUGUUCAUGCAGAAGAUCGAUCAGUGCAAUAUCAUAUUCGACUUCAAUGACCCUACCGCAGAUAUGAAGUCCAAGGAGAUCAAGAGACUGGCUCUUCACGAGCUCCUGGAUUAUAUCGCCAACAACCGCUCCGUUAUUACAGAACCAAUGUACCCCCGCGUGGUUGAAAUGUUUGCCAAGAAUCUGUUCAGACCUAUUCCGCCCCCGAUCACACCCCAGGGCGAGGCAUUCGACCCGGAGGAGGAUGAGCCAGUCUUGGAAGUCGCCUGGCCCCAUAUUCAGGUCGUCUAUGAGUUCUUCUUGCGGUUCAUUGAGAGCCAGGACUUCAACACAAACAUCGCAAAGGCCUACAUCGACCACCAUUUUGUGCUUCAGCUGCUAGAGUUGUUUGAUUCCGAAGACCCGCGCGAGCGCGAUUUCCUGAAGACAACGCUACAUCGCAUUUACGGAAAGUUCUUAAAUUUACGUUCAUAUAUUCGGCGAUCUAUCAACAACGUCUUUUUCCAAUUCAGCUACGAGACCGAGCGUUUCAAUGGAAUCGCGGAGCUGCUGGAGAUCCUUGGAUCCAUUAUCAACGGUUUUGCCCUUCCGCUCAAGGAGGAACACAAGCUGUUCUUGACCCGAGUUCUACUGCCUUUGCACAAAGUGAAGAGCCUCAGCAUGUACCAUCCACAGCUGGCGUACUGUAUCGUCCAAUUUCUCGAGAAGGAUUCCACAUUAACGGAAGAUGUCGUCUGUGGCUUGCUCCGAUACUGGCCUAAAACGAACAGUACCAAGGAAGUUAUGUACCUCAACGAAGUUGAAGAUAUCUUCGAGGUCAUGGACCCCGCGGAAUUCGCUAAAGUGCAAGAGCCACUGUUCCAGCAGCUGGCCAAGUCGGUCGCUAGCCCCCAUUUCCAGGUCGCGGAGCGUGCGCUCUACUUCUGGAACAAUGAAUACUUCUGCAACCUGGUCAGCGAUAAUGUAGAGGUCAUUCUGCCGAUAAUGUUCCCUCCCUUGUUCGAGAACUCCAAAGGGCACUGGAACAGGACCAUCCACAGCAUGGUAUACAACGCGAUGAAGAUGUUCAUGGAAAUUAACCCUCAGCUCUUCGACGAGUGCUCACACGAAUACAAUGAACGACAAAACAGCGCCGAGAUGCGCGAGAAGGCUCGACAAAACCGAUGGGAAAAGGUCGCUGAACGAGCCGCGCAGAAGCAAAACGGUGUCGACCUGCCACUCAAUUCAUCGACGGCUGAAAUCCCCCUGCAGCUGGACGAUGUCGACGCUCUCACUCAGGAUAGCCAGAGGCGACUCCAGUCCCUGAAACUGGAUGAGCCCGGUCCCGGAAAAGACCGACGGCCUCGAGAGGGUUCUAUCACUUCGGUAAGUCGCCCGCAUGUUUGA